GUUGUUUUGGCUCUCUUUAGUUUUGUCGGUGGCAGUACAUGUAUAUUUUUAAUCGAAAAAGUCCCAACUCCUUGCAUAUUCUUAAAGCACAUUUAAUGUAUACCCGAAAAACAUGCACAAUCAAUAUAUAUGCUUGAUAAGUAUACAGCUCAUUAUGGUGCGAAGACAGAAUAUAGCAUCACCUUGAGUAACCAAAAUAAACUUCUUUUGUUACUUUCCAUGCUGGUGAGGGGUUUUCUGAAGUGUGAAGGCAAUAAUUCAGUGUCCAUUAAGACCCCAAAGUGAUCACCAUAUAUGGUAAGAUAGCAUGGUCAUGACUGAAAAUGCCUAAUAUAUGCAGGAAGAUGGGAGAAAAAGAGAAUAAAUGUGAGAAGCACAAGAAAUACAUAUCCAUUAUUUCCUUAUAAGUAGAACUUGAUUCAAUUUAGUUUUCAAAGCAUCAAAAACUAAAAGAGCUAAACAGAUGGUGUGUUCGCUAAUGGUAUGGAUUGCGUUUUGGACUCUGCUUUUGAUUUCUGUGUCGGUAAACAACGUGUCCACCGCGACACGAUCACCGAUGCCACCAUUUUCGGCUAUGUUUGUGUUUGGUGAUUCAUUAGUGGAUAAUGGGAACAACAACUACCUGGCCUCUUUUGCAAAGGCCAAUUAUGUACCUUAUGGCAUUGAUACUUCAUGGGGUCCAACUGGGAGAUUUUCAAAUGGAAAAAUGCUUGUAGAUCUGCUAGGUGAAUUCUUUGGCCAUCCAUAUCUACCAUCUUUUGCAGCUGCUCAGAUACAAGGCAGGAACAUUACCUGGGGAGUAAACUAUGCUUCAGCUGCAGCCGGGAUACUCGAUGAGACGGGGAGAAAUCUGGGAGCACGCAUUACCUUCAACCAGCAGGUGCAGAAUUUUCAAACAACCGUAACCCAGCUGAAGACAACAAUGGAUGACAUGAAUUUGAGUCAGUAUUUGGCGAAGUCAUUGGCAAUAGUGAAUCAUGGAAGCAAUGACUACAUAAACAACUAUCUCUUGUCAGGACUAUAUUCAUCAAGCUUCCUCUACGACCCAAAAACAUAUGCUGAUAUACUCAUACAGCAAUACAAAACUCAGAUUCAGCGUCUGCAUGAUUUGGGGCUGAGAAAGUUCUUGCUGGCAGGUGUUGGACCACUCGGUUGCAUACCAAAUCAAAUAUCCAAAGGCCUUUUCCCAUCAGGAGUGUGCGUGGAUGAUGUCAACGCAAUGGUUGGAAUUUUUAAUGAUAGAUUGAGAUCCUUGGUUGAUGAACUGAACACACAAUACAGUGGUUCAUCAAUUUUUGUUUACGGCAACACUUAUGCAGCUCUCACGCAGAUUAUACAAGACCCAAUUGCUUAUGGUUUUGUUGUGACUGGUAGAGCAUGCUGUGGAGUUGGAAGUUUUCAAGGACGGAUAAGUUGCUUACCCUAUUCCAUUCCAUGCAGAAACAGAGACCAGUAUGUGUUUUGGGAUGUCUUUCAUCCUUCAGAAGCUGUGAACAAAAUUCUUGCUCAAAGAGCAUUCAAUGGAUCAUCCUCUGAUUGCUACCCAGUUAAUGUGUCUCAGAUGGCACUAUUAUUCUAGCUUACCUAUAUUUCCUAUUGGGCAAACCAUAACUUCAGUUGGUAUACAAAGGAUCACAUUAUUAUCAAUAAUUAUUCAACAAAAUUCAAAGUAAUUUCUAAGGGUGAAUUUUAGUAUUGAUGGAUAUCAUUUAUUAUUGAGUUGUUAGAAGCCUUUUAUAAUUUUUGUGUUUAAGCUGUUUCUUGAUGCAUAUUUGCUUUACUUGUGUUAUAAAUGUCUAGCGUAUGAUUGUUUCUUGAGAGUUCAAAUAUGAUUAUGCAGUGAACUGUUCUAUUGAGAAGUUUCAUAUGUAAUUACUACUUUGUAGUUCAUUACAAGAGUGCAUGGCAUGUUUCUCGCUCAAAAAAAAAAAGGAAAAGAAAAGAAUAGAGAUUGUUGUUUAUGGAUUUUGUACUUGGUUGGUUUCAUCCUUAAUUUCUUUUUCGUCUGGUGAG